AUGUACAUCACCCUCUACUACCUAGUCACCCGGCUCCGUGACUCCCUUCGCUCGGUGAGGGAUCACUUCCUCUCUCUCUGCCCCACCACACUCACCGUUGACCUCCUCGAGGAGCGCCUCCUGGCAGCUAAGAAGAGCAUAGUUGCUGUAGGAGCCACUCGUGGUGACCCUUGUGCCCCUUUCUUUGAGGGGUGCUCCCCCGUUCCCCUUUUACCGUGUGUUGCCUCCGCUGCUGCUGUCGAUCUCGUUGGCACCGAGUCUCUCGACGCUGCAUCUGCCCCUAGCAGGAGGCGCCGCAACGGCAAGGGCAAGGGGGGCAAGGGUGCUGGAGGAGCAGGCGGGGGCGGUGGAGGCGGCGGAGGGGGUGGGGGUGGCGGUGGGAGUGGUGGCGGAGGUGGGGGCUCUAGUGGCAGCGCUGGAGGCGGAGGCGGCGGCGGUGGUGGCGGUGGGUGUGGAGGAGGCGGUGGUGGCGGCGGUGGCGGUGGCUCUGGUCAAGGUGGCUCUGAGCAGUCGGGAGGCUUCGGUGGUGGCCAGCGUCAGCAACAGCAGCGCUCUCGUGAGACCCCGCCGCCCCAGCAGCUUCGUGAGUGGUACGCUGCACGUCAGCAGUCUGGGGGUGCUGGUCCCUGUGCCUACGUCCUGCGUACUGGUGACCGCACUGGGGAGCCGUGCGGCGGGCCGCACACCACCCAGCGCUGCUUCGGCCGCCUGAUAGACGCAUGGCGUCUCCAAUUCCCUGACGCCACUGAGAUCCCUCGCUGGGGUGAUCUUCUUUGGUCGGGGGUUGCUAUCUUUGAUCUUGAUUCUGAUGCUAUUCUUGCUGCCAUGUAUGUUGUGUCUACUAGUGAUGAGGGUGACUGUUACCUGUGUGUUCCGCCUGACCUGGGCAUUGCGGCUGCUGCCCUAGGUGCUCGUGAGUCUGCUGCUCCAUAUGCUAGUGAGUCUGUUGCUCCGGGUGCUUGUGAGUCUGCUAUCUCAGGUACCACGUCUGCUCAGGCUUUCCACACCUUCACCCUUGACUCGAGUGCUUCCCGCUCUUUCUUUCAAGACCGCACCACCCUCACGCCGCUCGGUGGGCCGGUUGCGGUCUCCCUGGCAGACCCCUCGGGGGGUCCUGUCCUCGCCCACUACUCCACUGUGCUACCGUGUCCAGUUGCCCCGUGUGGCUCCCUGUCAGGUCUUUACCUCCCCUCGUUCUCUACGAACUUGGUGAGUGGUGCUGACCUGCUAGAUGGGGGGGUUGACCAGUUCACUCCUGCGAGUCAGCUGGUGACCCACUGCACGUGUGCUUGGAUGGGCCAACACUUGGCCACAUUUACUCGUCAGUCGGGGUCGAGCCUGUACACACUGACUAUCGAGUCUCCUCCGGUUGCUGCGUCUGGUCAGGUAGCUGCGUCGGGUCAAGUGUUUGCUGCAUCCCUCCCUCCCCUUCCCCCGGGGCCUGCCCCUACCUGCGUCCCCUGCGUCGAGGGGCGGCAGCGCGCCACUCCUCACUCCUCCGAGUUUCCUCCGACAGACACUCCGCUGCGGACUCUUCACAUGGACGUGUGGGGCCCAGCCGGCUUCCGUGGACAGGGUCACGAGCGUUACUUCCUGCUGGUGGUUGACGACUACUCACGUUACACCACAGUCUUCCCCUUGCGCCGCAAGGGUGAGAUCACUGACGUGUUGAUCGACUGGAUCUGCCCUGCCCGUCUCUAG